AGUUGGCACUGUGUGAAUCCUCGCACCGCUUUGCUUGUAAUCGUGCGGAAUUAAUCUAAACCCUUUCGAUAGCCGGUCCCGCCUCGACACACCUACGCAGCCAGCAGAUGAAUAAGAUUCUUCGUAAAUCAUCUUAUUACAACACUUUCGAUUUGCAACUGAUAUGGUUUGUUAGGUGCGCCAUUUUAAUUAACGAAACAAGCAAACGGGCGUUCGAAGGACUGGCUUUAACUGAAAACAGUGGGCGGAAAGCUUUUUUUUCUUUCAAAUUUCACAAAUGGCUUCACAUUAUCAGCUUAAUUAUCUCGCUUUGUUUAUUGUCCAGAAACAAUGGAAAAAUGACCCAUCCCGUAAUAUCCUUCACCUUCACGUCCGGUUGUAACAUUAAUGUGUAAUUAUCGGUUUAAUAUUUGUAUGCGUUACGUUUUUACAAAAUUGAUAACGGUUGUGAAGUUGUGCUGUGGGUCCUAACUCUAAUCUGAAACGAACAUCUUGAUAUUAUAUCACGCAGGUGUAUCGACGUGACGUGGCUUAUCGAUCACGAAAUCGCGCGUGAGUACAUCGAUGGAUGGGAUUCAUUUUAAUUAAGACAAUAAAUUUCACGCUACAUAAACAUGCUCGGUGUUGGGUCAUAAAUUAUGCAUCAGCUUGCAUGAUGGCAACGUCGGUCGAAGGAAAAGCUUUGGUUAAUAUUGAUAUUACGGGUUUACGUAGUACUGCUGGACGUUGAUGAAAUUCGUUCAGAAGUUAUUGGGGUUUUGGCAUUGAAAGUAGCCCUGUAGUGGCCGUAGACAUCCGUUAUGUUUGGAUGGAGUCGAAUUUUAGAACUUCUGCUAACCCAUACAGACCUGUACGAUGUUAUUAAUUUGCAUCUGUUUAUAUUGAGAAUAUGUGGAGAUCUGUUCGUGUGUCGAAAUCGAAGCACCGGUCAGUUGUACAUUUCGUGGAAGAGUUUUGCCUGUUUUAUAGCGCAGUUGCUAUGUUUGCUAGCGCUUGUCAUUGGAGGCCAUUUUGCGUACAAGAAGUUCAGCGAAAAGGAUGCAACGUAUCUUCAUCAAGGGACCAGUGUGUUGAUUCGAAUAUCGGGCGUAUUUGCCAUUGUGAUCUCGAUCAGCAAUGCGAUGGGUGGGCGAAGAAUAUGGACCAUCUUGGAAUGUUUUGAUAAGUUUGACAAGCGGAUGAUCAUGCUCAAGGCAGCUGUCGAUCAUCGUGCACAGAAGCUGGUGAUUAUGUUAUGGACGGUGAUACUUUGCCUCGGUGUUACAGUUUUUGUCGUGAUGUUCAUGUUUGCAAUCGUCACCAACUAUUCCAGUGCGGUGCUGCAGUUCGUUACAAUACUGCAGAUAGCUAUCUUCGUGGUAGUGAUCGUUGCGAUGCUAUGUCAAAUGGUGAUAGUGGUGUAUAUGGCAAGCUGUAGAUUUUAUCAUCUGCGUCGAUUUUUCGAAGUGAACUUUCUCCCGCUGAAACCCACUGCUUCGUUCAUGGUGAGCGAAUUACCCACUGUCAAUCAAUUUCGGCGUCUUACCGAUUCCGGACUGUUUUGUACAGUGAUGGAACUGUUCCAUAUACUGCGUGAAUCAAUGCGACUCGUGCACGAAGCCUAUUCCGUGCAGUUGCUAAGCAUGACCGUAUCGAACAUUCCGUCCCCGACGUUGGCAAUGUUUGGGAUGUAUCGUUCGUUUAUGACGUCGAAUUAUGAAAUGCAAAACUUGAUUGUUACCAUGUUUCUGUCGAGCAUUAUGUAUCUGAUGUCGUACUUUAUGCUGAUUUUUCUUUCCGCCCAAAUUAAACGCGAGACUUUACAGCUGAUUAAAUCGUUUCAUCACUUUACAAAUCUUUACAAUGUCGAGUUCGAAAGGAUGGUGAAGAUCAGCGCAGGUCAGAUUUACGAUGGUAGUCAUACGGUGCAUCUCGGACCUACGGAGUUGAACUGGAAACUAGCGUUUUCUAUGAUGGGCACUAUGAUCUCUUACUUAGUCAUUUUAAUCCAGUUUGAUCGUAGUGGCGUUGGUGCGUCGUCUAUGUAG